CCCUGCGUGCUUCUGAAACAGAACAAACCUAAAGAGCAAAGAAACGCACUUCUCGGUGACCCAGAAAGCAAAAAUCACAGCAGCCAAAUGGAAAUGGCUCUCGUCGCACCAGUACUGAUAUAUAUAUACUCCCAACCCAAACAUUUCCCUUAUGAUCCACUUUCUCACCACUCCACCAAAAACAACACAAACACUUUCUGAAAACUAACAAUGGCUGCUGCAACAAGAACCACAGCACUGAGCAUAGCCAUUGUGUUGCUCACCAUGCAGCAGCUUCUAUGGGCCGGUGGAUCCACGGCCCAGUCGCCGGACUGCUCGGACGCGCUCACCGGCCUGAUCCCCUGCCUCGGUUACAUCACCGGCGGCUCCUCGGCUCCGGCAACGACCUGCUGCAUCCAGCUGGAAAAAGCUGUUCGCCUGUUGCCCGUAUGCUUGUGCCAGGUUCUCAACAGCGGUGGAGCUUCAGUUGGCCUCCCUGGCUUCAACCGGACGCGAGCUCUGGGGUUGCCUGCUGCUUGUAACGUCCAGACUCCGCCCGUGAGCCGCUGCAAUGCUACUUCUCCAAGUGCUUCCCCUGAGGGAAGCCCAGUAGCAGAGGCUCCUAUUUCUCCAGGAGGUGUGCCAGGAAGUGAUGACAGCUCAGAUGGGAGCUCAAUCACGGCGUCAACGUCUAUGCUGCUCGUCUUCUUCUUCUUCUUCGCCAUGGCAGCCUCGUACUGUUCCUCUGCCUCGAUGGGAUACUGAUGCUUUCCCCUGAUCAGAGAGAUUGAAGCCAUCAACUGUGUUAUCGUAUAACGUAUGCUUAGGAUUGAAUAAUUGAGUAACUGUACUGAGGAGUGUGUGUGUGAGUUAUCUGUGUUUGUAAAUCGUGUAUUGAGGUUACAAAAUGUUCCCAUAUUUGCAAUGAGAAGGCUUAUUCCAGC